UUGAUCUGUUUUUAUUAACAAAUAUGGGUCAUAGUAACAAGAUAAAUAAUAACAGAUUGUAAAUAAUCUUAUAUUUUAGUUUGCAAUUAAUUUGAUGUGUAACAGAUCUGAUCUAAUGAAUAUUAUAUUUUUAUAAUACGAUUGGAUAACUUGAUAGAUGUCCAUGCUAUAACUUUGGAACGAAAGGUGCAGCUGGAAUGGAGGAAUCGCCAUUUUUCGACUCCUAACAUUAGUGGAGUUGCUUCUUUUUCUUCUGAUAUGGCGUUUUCCUCCAAUUCUUGGUCUAUUACUUGCUUCUUAGUGAUUUUGCAGCUGUUAUCGAGUGGUAGCUUGUAUGCUGACGGAUGCUAUACCUCCAUCUUCAGCUUCGGCGACUCCCUAGCGGACACUGGCAACCUAAAACAAUUGGCCUCCAUAUCCGAUCAGGUCUUUUCGCUUCUUCUGCCGCCUUACGGAGAAAACUUCUUUGAUCAAUCCACCGGUCGUUGCUCCAAUGGCCGCCUCAUCAUCGAUUUCCUCGCUGAAAGCCUUGGAUUGCCAUUGCUACCACCGUUUCUGCACGACAAGGACAAUGUGGUGACAUGGGGACACGGAGUGAAUUAUGCUGUGGCGGGUGCGACAGCAUUGAAUUCAUCAAUUCUCGAAGCAAGAGGGAUUGUUAAUUCAAUGACAAAUGCAUCUUUAGGAGUUCAAUUAGAAUGGUUUAAACAAACAUUGCCUUCUCUAUGCAACAGCGUUUCAGAAUGUAGAAACUUAAUCGCAAGUUCUUUGAUCAUAAUGGGAGAGAUUGGAGGAAACGAUUACAACUAUCCAAUAUUAGCAGGAAAACCGAUCAAUGAGGUGGAACCAUUAGUUCCUCUUGUCAUUGAUACCAUCAUCUCAGCAAUCAAUGAGUUAAUCGAUAUGGGAGCUCAAACACUGGUUGUUCCAGGAAACUUUCCAAUCGGAUGCUCUUCAGCAUAUUUAACACUCUGUGGUUCUGAAAACAAGAUAGAUUAUGAUAACACAACUGGUUGCCUCAUCAAUUUAAACAAAUUUGCAGAAUAUCACAACGAACUGCUGCAAACGAAAUUAAAUCACCUUCGAGAGCUUCAUCCUAAUGUCGUAAUCAUGUAUGCUGAUUACUACAAUGCUGCCAUGCAAAUUUUCCUUUCUCCAGAUAAAUAUGGAUUCACAAACGGGGCUCUGAAGGCGUGUUGUGGAGGUGGAGGGCCUUAUAAUGUGAACGCAACGAUGGAAUGUGGAGUUUCUGCGAGUGUGUGUGAUGAUCCGGAUACGUAUGUUAAUUGGGAUGGAAUCCACUUAACGGAAUCGGCAUACAGAGUAAUUUCACGGAGUUUAUUUCAAGGGGCGUAUACUACACCCCAAUUUAAUUCCUUAUGUCCUGCUCCUACAUCAACAUCGACAUUACAAGUUGGAAACGGAUUAUGGAAUUCUGUCUAAAUCCUUUUUAUAUACACAUAAAAUAAAUGUUGUUAGCUUGUAAUUUUAAUGAUUACCGGAAUUACAUGUCUUGUACUUUAAUCUAGAAUCCGUUCUAAAUUCAAAUGCCACUUGGAGUACAA